GCUGCUAACCCAAUGAAUCAGGACCUAACGGGUCUGACAGUUUGAAACCCUUCGUUUCCUUUAUUCCUUGCAUUUGGAGGAUGCCAAGUUCCAUAAUCAGAUAAACACAUGCAAACUUCAAUUCCAAAGAAAGAGUACAUUUUUAUUUUGGCAUUUCUGCUUUCCCUGGUCAAUGUGUUUUUCAGGACUUGAUUUAGAUUUUCUUGUGUGAUUGGAUGAGAUUUUGUUCCUUUCCAAAUGCUACCAUUUGAACUGCGGAAGAGUAUGUGAGGUUUGGGCUAGAUUAUGGAGCUGCUGAGACAGAUGGUUUUUACUGAGGAGGGACAAUGACGAAGUUAAGCUUUAGGAAGAAUAACCCAUGGGCACCUUCUGGGGAGAAUUGGAAUGGCCUAUGCGGAGGACAGCAAGACAGAUGAAACCAGCCCAGAGAACUUGUAGGAUUUGCCCCAGAUCUCCUACCUAGCAAGCCAGCACCAAAGACCCAGGACAGAGCCCCUGGCCCAGGUUCCUUACCAGGGAGGAAGAGAAAUCCAUCUGCCAGUGGCUGAGUGUGGCCUGAGGGACAGGCCAUCAGUUCUGGAAUGCCCCUACCUGAGGCCAGUGAACAAGAGGGGGAGAGUAUGAACGCCAGCCAGGAGCCGUUGUCCCCUGAACUGGGCAGAGAUGUCGUCCCAGCAGCCACCAAGGACCCAGAGGAGUUUUCUGAACUGGUCCUGCUGACAGUCUGUAAUCAGGAUGGGGAUGAAAUUGACUCUGAGCCCAAAGAAGUACACUGUAUCAUGUCCCUGGAGAUGUCUGGCCCCACCACCUUUGCCAGCACUCUGCAGAUCCUGCCAGCUGAGGAGCAGGGGAGCAUAGUCCAGCCAGCUCCCCCCGUGACUGAGCAGAUACGCAGUAAGCUGGACACAGCAGCCCCCAAGCCCCUGGAAUUCCUGAGGACCCCAUUUGGGGGACGCCUCCUGGUGUUGGAAUCGUUCCUGUAUAAACAAGAGAAGGCCGUGGGGGAUAAGGUGUACUGGAAGUGUCGACAGCACGCUGAGUUGGGCUGCCGGGGCCGGGCCAUCACCCGGGGCUCAAGGGCCAUCAUGAUGCGGGGCCACUGCCACCCACCUGAUAAGGAAAGCCUGGAGGCCCGGCGCCGGAAGGAGAAGCUGCCCAGCCUGGCUCUACCUGAGGGAGGCCAAGUGGAGGAGUCCCUCGAGGGAGCGGCCCCAUGGCCAUGCCCCCAGGAGCCAGAAACCACUUCUGGGCUGGUGCUGAGCAAGCCAUCCUCAACCUUGGAGGAGAAUAGGAAACGCCAAAUCCUGUCAAUGUUGAGUCUGCCCCCCAAGAAACGCUCAACACUGGGGAUGGGACAAGCCCAGUCCUACGAGUUCCUGAGGACGUGCUUUGGGGGCAACUUCCUGGUGUACAAGUCAUUCCUCUAUAAGCGGGAGAAGGCUGUGGGUGACAAGGUGUACUGGACCUGCCGAGACCACGUGCUACAUAGCUGCCGCAGCCGGGCCAUCACCCAGGGACAGCGGGUGACCGUGAUGCGCAGCCACUGCCAUGCACCUGAUAUGGAGGGCCUGGAGGCCCGGCGGCAGCAGGAGAAGGCAAUGGAGAUGCAGGCCAAGCCAGAUGGCUCCGGGGGCCAAGUGGACAAGCUGCUCCAAGGCGUGGACAGUCUGUUGUACCGCAGGGGGCCGGGCACCCUGACCCUCACCAGGCCCCAGCCCAGAAAGCGAGCCAAAGUCAAAGAUGGGGGACUUCCAGCCCAGCCCCAUACCGUGGAGGGAUCCCCUGAGGAGGACCAGGAUGGGGACCCUGGAGGCCCUGAGUUCCUGAGGACCCCACUGGGGGGCAGCUUCCUCGUGUACGACUCGUUCCUCUACAGGCGGGAGAAGGCCGCAGGGAAGAAGGUGUACUGGACGUGCCGGGACCAGGCCCGAAUGGGCUGCCGCAGCCGGGCCAUCACCCAGGGCCGGCGAGUGACCGUGAUGCGUACCCACUGCCAUCCACCCGACCUGGGGGGCCUGGAGGCCCUGAGACAGCGGGAGAAACGGGACAGUCCGACACCACAGGGGAGCCCAGGAGGCCCUGAGUUCCUGAGGACCCCGCUGGGGAGCAGCUUCCUGGUGUAUGACUCGUUCCUCUACAGGCGGGAGAAGGCCACGGGGGAGAAGGUGUACUGGACGUGCCGGGACCAGGCCCGAAUGGGCUGCCGCAGCCGGGCCAUCACCCAGGGCGGGCGGGUGACUGUGAUGCGUGGCCAUUGCCACCCACCCGACCUGGGGGGCCUGGAGGCCCUGAGGCAGCGGGAGCAGCUGCCCAACCUGGCCCAGUGGGAAGGAGGCCCAGGAACCCUCCAGCCUCUGGAGUUCCUGAGGACGUCCCUCGGGGGCAGGUUUCUGGUGUACGACUCGUUCCUCUACAGGAAGGAGAAGGCUGCGGGGGAGAAGGUGUACUGGAUGUGCCGAGACCAGGCUCGGCUGGGCUGCCGCAGCCGGGCCAUCACCCAGGGCCAGCGGGUGAUGGUGAUGCGUAGCCACUGCCACCCACCAGACCUGGUGGGCCUAGAGGCCCUGAGGCAGCGGGAGCAGCUGCCCAGCACAGCCCAGGAGAAGGACCCAGAAAAGAUAAAACGUCUGCCUAAAGUUCAACUGUGCUUCAAGACUUGUCCUCCUGAAAGCCAUCAUACUCAUGGGAACAUCAAAGAUACACAGGUGGAUAGCGAGUCUCAAGAAGGCGAAUCUCCUCCUACGUGAACAGAGGAAGACAAUUCUGCCAGCCCAGAGGAGGCUUCUUGUCCAUGCAAGCAUUGCCCGUGCACUUAGAUCUUGCUUGAAAACACUUUUCACUCUUCCAAAGCAUCAAUGGCCUUCACAUUUCCUUAAGUCUCCCAGCAGGAAUCUUGGAUGGUGUUCUCAUGUUGGCAAAGCCUAGUGCUGGGAGCUGGCACCGGCGAUCAUGCCUAUUGUGGGGCAGGGCAGUGGCUGCCAAUGCCUUCCUGACCUCAGAAAGAUGUGAAGAAGCAUCUCGGGACAAAGAUACCUCCUCCCUGAUCUGCUGCUCCAAGCCACAAACACCCAUGCAUUUUCAGAGCACUUGACUUUCCCAAGUACUUUCCAACCCGGGGUGACCCUGCUUAGCUUAAUAAAGCGAAACAUAAAACAGUG